CUUCCGCCCUCAGUAAUCAUGGCGGCUCCGAGUAGAAAACAAGUGCUGAGGUUUAUCUCUCAGUCCGGAGCAUUUAUUUUGACUCGGUUCGGUUUCUGGAACUGCUUCAGCAUGCUUAUGCUUUUUGCCGAGCGGGCCGAUGUACAAAGGAAGCCGGAUAUCCAGGUGCCGUACUUGUACUUUGACAUGGCAGCAGCAGUGUUGUGUUCCAGUUUCAUGUCUUUCGGGGUGAAGAGGAGAUGGUUUGCGCUCUGUGCUGCAUUACAGUUGGCAUUCAGCACGUACGCAUCCUACAUCGGUGGGCACGUCCUUUAUGGAGACUGGUUAAAAGUGAGGAUGUACUCGAGGAUCAUGGCUGUUAUUGGAGCUUUCCUAGUGCUGGCCAGUGGCGCAGGGGAAGUGUACAGGCAGAAACCACGUACACGCUCGCUACAGUCCACCGGCCAAGUCUUCUUAGGAAUCUACUUAAUCUGCAUGGUUUACUCCCUCCAGCACAGUCAGGAGGACAGAUUGGCGUACUUGGACCACAUCCCCGGUGGUGAGAUCACCGUUCAGCUCCUGAUCAUUCUUUUUGGUGUGCUCGCUCUCUCCUUCCUCUCAGGGUACUACGUGAGUUUAGCCUCUCAGAUAUUAGCCGUGCUCCUCCCAUUGAUCAUUCUGUUUGUUGACGGAAAUAUCGGCUACUGGCACAACACACGCCGCGUGGAGUUCUGGAACCAAAUGAAGCUGAUCGGACACAACGUGGCCAUCUUCGGAGCUGUGCUUAUACUCGGUACAGAUGGCUAAACACACGAGGAGAGAACAUUAGCUUAGCACAAACAGUGGACUAUAGCUACACCCAACUACAUAAAACUGCACUGAACAGUUGCUCCAAAUGAUGUGCUAAAUGUCAAAUUAGUGGGGCAGCUCUUGAGUUCUACAGCAUCCAAACCAAUGAGAUAACUUAUGAGGCUGAACCACAGAGAUGGCUUUGCAUCUGCCAUUAUUCAGUUUGAACUUGGAUACGGACAUCCUGUUUUCAAAUACUGUAUUCAAAUCAUAUUUGUCACCUGUAUCUCAGGGUUGAAUAGAAAGUCUUGUCCUUAUUAUAGUUACUGGCAGGUAAUUGAUUUAUGAAUCAAGUUAAACAAUACAGAUUCACUUUGCUACAUUUUUUGCCACCUAAUUUUAGAGAAAAGUCUGGUUUGAAACCGGCGAUUGAACCUUAAGAGUCUGUUUACAUUUCAUUUCAGCUUUUUUUUUUUUUUUAGAAAUAUUGCAACAUACGGUCUUCAAGAAGUCUUAAAUGUUUGUUUAAGUCCAGUCUGUUUAAAAGGCUGUUUUGCCCUUUCUAAUGCUGUAUAGUAUGUUUUUUUGUCAGCUUUCUGAAGCAAUCCCAACACUGCUCCAUUCCUGGCAGCUCAUAGCACUACAUUCUUUCAAAAUGAAAUAUUGAUGUCAUCCUUAAUUAAAUUAAAGUUUUCUAUUUGAAA